UCAUAUCUAUGCUAUAGGUGACGCUAUAUGCUAUUAUCCCGUAAAUUUACCCGAUAUGUCGCUGUAUAACGUUUCCCUCGACUCUCAAUGCUUCCUCCAGCGAGGGCGAGGGAAUUUUGGCCUCACAUUUGAUGCACGUGAGCACAUGCUGUAUUACACAGAGAACGUGACCAAAAGUAUUGGGCGAAUUAACCUAGUGAUAGGUGAACCAGGGGCGUCCAUCAUAAAAGGCGUUGGAGAUGUUCAAGGGUUGGCUUUGGACUGGUCAUCAGGUAAUUUGUUCUGGACAGACCUUACAUAUAACCAUAUAUCCAUGGCAAAGAAAGACGGGUUGUAUCCAUCUGUUAUAAUUGAAAACCUCGACCAACCUUUCGGUAUUGCUGUACAUCCUGCCAGAGGAAAGUUAUACUGGACCGAGCAAGGUGAAACAAGUAUGAUCUUUUGAAGCAUCCAUGGACGGAUCGAGCAAAAGGGCCGCUGGUAAAUGAAUCUCAGGUUGGAACCCGAACCACCUGUACCUUGACUACACAACCGACAGACUAUACUGGGCAGAUUCUGGACUGUAUUCCGUACGCUGUAUAGAUUUGACGACAGGGGAAGUAACUGUACCAUAUGAAAAGAUCAGCGAACAAGUCACUUUCUUCGGUAUUAGUUUUUAUCAAGAUUAUUUGUUAUGGACGGACAAGGCGGAUCAGAGGAACGGUAUUCAUGCUGCUCGCCUUGAUACCUUAGAGAAAGUACGAGGUAUCUUGCAUCCACAUGCUGGUAUGGCUUCUGACAUUGUAACCUUUGACAUUCAUAAUCAACCGGAAUUUAAAGGAGCAUGCGAUGACGACACAAACUUUUGCGAGCACCUGUGUAUUCCUACGGCUAAUACUACCUAUAUAUGCAAAUGCGGAGUUGGUUACACAUUGGAAGAAAACAUGAGAACAUGUACAUCAAGCGUAAAAACGGACAAUUACGUAGUUACAGUGGAUUCGUAUCAGAAACAAAUUUACCAGAUUCAAAUUGGCACCGGUGACGUCAGCGCAAUACCAUUGGUCAAUUUCUAUAAGGGCGUGGCCAUAGAUAUAAAUCCAUUUACAAAUACCCUAUAUUGGAGCGACAAUAUGGCAAAUGUCAUCAUGAAAGCGCAAGUGGAUGGUUUCCAAGAAGAAGUAUUCAAACGAUUACCAAAUGAAUCAAUAUCAGAUGGCAUCGCUGUUGAUUAUAUAAAUCAGUUACUCUUCUACACGUGCACGUUUGACAAGGUCAUUGUAGUUGUCUCGCUGAAAAAUAAAGACAUUUAUAAAACAAUCGUUAAUGAGUCAUUAGACCAACCAAGGGACAUAAUCGUGCACCCGGAAAGAGGGGUAAUAUACUGGACAGACUGGGGUAAGGAGCCAAAGAUAGAGAGGGCAACCAUGGACGGUGGUAACAGAAGUAUCAUUAUGUCGUUAGAACAGAACUCAUGGCCUAAUGCUCUUGCUUUAGAUGUGAAAAGUAUGAAUUUAUUUUGGGUGGACGCAAAACAUGAAGUUAUUGGAAGGAUCAACAUCGAUACAGGGGUGAAGAAAAUAUUGUACUCGGAACCGAGGGCUCAUUUCUUCGGCAUGACACUUGUUGGAGAUAAUCUUUACAUCACAGACUGGUUUCGGAAACAUAUAAGCAGAUUAAGUGUAGAUGGUGGAGAACUGGAGCAAGUUGGACCUUCAACAUUUUCAAAGUUAAAUGGAAUAACUGGUUAUAAGAAAACUGAUAUCAGAACGGUUUUCAGCAAAUGUUUACAAAGCACGUGCUCCCAUCUAUGUUUACCUGUUUCCGGAAAAGAUUACAAAUGCGCAUGCUCAGACGGUGACCAAAAUCCUUUGUAUCCUUGUCGGGAAGUGGACGAUAUAGACAACCAAGCUAUAAAGGUUUUAAGCCAUAAAAGAGAUGGUAGUCCAGCAUUGACGAUAGGCCUGUCAGUAUUGGGUGUGGUCGCUGUGCUAGUGAUAGUGGUUGCAGCUGUCUACAUUUACAACAAAAAGUUCCGUGGCGCUAAUAUUGCCCACGAUCGCCUCGUUGAAGAUACAGGUGCCUCUAGAGUUGACACUUAUUACAAAAUAACGUUUCCGGAUCCGGUACGGGACGAGCCGAACUUUGAUUCCGGAAUUGAGAAUCCAUCAUUUGAAUGCAGUGUCGAAGACGUUACUCUUGGCGGGAAUAUUGUGAAAUAUAAUCCAAUGUGAAUUAAUGCGCAAUCUAAAAAUAGCAAUUCAGGAAAAAAUACUCUGAAUGGCGGUUAAAAAUGAAAUCUAUUUUAAAAAUGUCAAAUCAGAAAUAUCAGAACUUUUUAAUAAAUUUAUAAUAUGUCUUGCCAGGGCCAAUUUAUUUUUCUUCGUCAAUACGCGAAUACGAAACUAACGUUGACAAGUCACGUGAUAUGUCCAUUUAUUUUUAUCAGAAAUAAAAUGGCUGGUGUCAGAAAGCCCUGGAAAACUAUAUAUCGUCAGUUGUUGAUUUUGAAGUGACAGAAUUGUGUUAAAGAAAGAAAUAGAUCAAUAAUCAUGGUACAAUCAAACGGACUGACAACUGUAGUUACCUACAUUCAUUGUAUAAAAAUUGUUAAGGGUACAGGACAGUGAGGAAAGAUAUAACAACCCGAGAAUUUCCAAAUACAUUUGUUUUUCAGUCAUUAUAUAUAUACUGCCUAUUGUAUCAAUGUUUAUAAACUUGUGUUGCUUAUUGUUUUAAAAUAUUGAAAUGACGUCAUAAACAUAUGACCCAUGUGCAAUUGGACAAUUCAUCAUUAAUAUUAUUUAGUUUUUAUUGACAUAAAUGUGUAUCUGUAUAUGCUGGAGGAUGUGGGUGUCUACCCUUAUUAAACUUACAAGUUGUCUAUGCAAGAACAAAAAUAGCAAAUUGAACAAAAAUCCAUCCUACCUGCUUAACUAAUUGACAGACCCACCAUAACCUUUAGUCUACUAGCUACACUUGUUCGCUAUUCUGUUUAUACUUUUAUUUUGAAACUUUCACUAACAAAAGAAUGGUUUGGUCUAGAUUGAAGGAUGGACAAGUCUUUUAAGUUUGUAAGGGUUAAAAACAUGUUACAAACAAGAAGUGGACGCUGAUCAAUAGGAUCUACGAAUGUGAAAUACUUUCGUCAUACUUUUACCACAGCUUUGAUGAGCUACUGGAAAACUUAUAUCACAUUGUCAGGCAAAUUUUGUUUAUAUUUCUUUAGGGAAUGCAGAUGUUAUUGAUAAUUUCAUUUUAUGUAACUGAUUUAUUUCUGUUUCACCAUCACGUACAUCUAGUAACUUUAUGUAUCACAUUUUCUUUGUUUUCAUCAUAACAAACAUGUAGGAAGUUCGGCCUAGAAUUUGUUCAAAAGUAACUUUUUUAAAAACAUUUUUCCUCUGUAGAUAGAUACAUACAUGUAUAUAAGUCUUUGAGUGAAUGAUAUUGUGCAAGUUCUUGUUUCUAAGUCAUUCUGUUUAAAUACAUUCCAUGAUAUAACCAUAAAUAUAUGUUUUAUAGAUAUGUCUUAUUAUUCUUUCAUGUGAAUUUGGUUUGUUACUUUGAUUUAUAGAACCAAAAGUGAUGAAUAUUA